AUGGCGGCUUGGCUUCCGAAAGUGCGCGUCGCGGCUUGCAAUGUCGCCCCAGUCUUCCUCGACACCGCCAAGACCGUACAGAAGACAAUCGGUCUGAUUCGAGAAGCCGCAAACAACAAGGCCGAUCUCGUCGUCUUUCCCGAGACCUAUAUUCCCGCCUUUCCUCUGUGGUCCGCAGUUUCGGCUCCAAUCGACAACCACCACUUCUUCAGCAAGCUCGCCUCACAAAGCCUAUUGAUCAAUGGCAAAGACAUGCAAGCUCUCCAACAAGCUUGCGCACACAGCAAAGUCUACGCACACAUCGGAUUCAACGAGCGCUCGCCCGCGAGUGUAGGCUGCUUAUGGAAUGCUUCAGUGCUCAUUUCCGAUCAAGGACAAAUCCUCAACCAUCACCGAAAACUGGUGCCCACCUUCUACGAGAAGUUGACGUGGGCACCGGGCGAUGGCGCCGGUCUCCAAGUCAUCGACUCCCCGCGAAUCGGCAAAGUCGGUUCGCUGAUAUGUGGUGAAAACACUAACCCUCUGGCCCGAUGGGCUUUGAUGGCGCAAGGAGAGCAAUUACAUCUCAGUACAUGGCCUGCUGUGUGGCCCACCAGGCGCUCAAAAGACAUCAGUGGGGAAAGUAGCAAGCAAUACGACAACAUUGCCGCGAAUCGCACACGCACAGCAGCGCAUUGCUUCGAGGCGAAAUGCUUUGGUGUGCUAUGUAGUGGUUUCAUGGAUCAGGAGAUGAGAAAUUCCCUCGUGAAGCAUUCCCCUUCUGCAGCAGAGACUUUGGAUUCCCUCACACAAGGCGCCAGUCUCUUUCUCGACCCCACUGGAGCUCCAGUCGGCGAGCAAAUUCAAGGCGAAGAAGGUGUCAUUUAUGCCGAUUUGGACCUCAAUCAAUGUGUCGAACCGAAGCAAUUCCACGACGUGGUAGGCGGAUAUCAGAGAUUCGACGUCUUUGAUCUCAAAGUCAAUACACGGAGAUUGGGUGCGGAGAAGGCCUUGGAGCGCGAGCAGCGAUCGCAAUCUGUCAACGAUACUGCUGCAUCGAGCCAGCAGCCUCAAUGGAGUUUCAGCUCUCUGCCCAGACGCGAGAUAGAUUCUAGCACGGGCACAGAAGCUGGAUUGGAGCGGUUGAAAGCGGAAUUGGAAGGGAUGAGAAAUGAUGCAUUUCAGUCAACAAGAGAUUCGAAGUAAAUUUCUUUUUCCUUUUUUU